AUGCUUCUUGUCAUAGCUUUCGCCACCAAUUACACAGGUCUGGCCCACCGUUCGGUGGAUAUAAGUCUGACUCCUUCUCAGGAUCUAUCAGCCCCGGAUCUAAAGGGUCCUCUUCGCCCCCAGGCAUAUGUCAAGCCACAAAACCAUUCUGCUCUGCACUAUGAUCCAUGCCUCCAAGACUUCACCAGUGACACCUUAAAAUCAAAGCACCAGCAGAAAAGUGGCAACCAGCACCAUCUUGUCUGGUCAGUGAGCUCAGAUACUGGAUCCACUUCUCAAAGUUGCUUCAUCAACACAGAACCCAGUCAAGAAGCAGUUAGUGCCACCAAGGUCCCUGCUCCAGAGCCAGGAGUUUCCUUCAGCAAAUCCCAAGCAAAGAAGUCCUGCUCUGGCAGUACGUGGGAGCAGCUGUCAGCCAGUAGUAAAGAGCUUGACAUUUGCAGUACAGUCCCACAACCCAACAACAUCAGCAUGGCCACCCAGACAAGCAGCGUCUCUGAGUGCAAUGGGCUUUUGCUUCUUGGUGAUCAAAAGGGAGAUGUGCAACUGGAGGCCCUUGAUCAGCCUGCUUGGAGUACAAAGAAAAAGUCCAGCAAAAAGGACCUGAUAAGUCAAACCAUCCAAACUGCAGGCAUCGAAUGGAUGAAGAGUGCUCAGAAAGCAUUUGACAGCAUGGAAGGGGAAAAGGAGUCUUACUCUAUGGACAGUGUGUUGGAUAUAUCUCCCUCAAAGCAGAAUUCCACUUCUGCUGGCAGUUGUGAAAGUGACACCAGUCACGUACGAAUUACUACCCCAAUAAAGUCUCUGUCUAUAUCUGACAAUACAUCUAGCCACAAAAGGAAAAAAAGGCAAUCUGCAAAAUCUUCCAUAGAGAAAACUAUCCAAGAGAAAAGUCUACCUUCUGGACUUGCUAUGAGCAGUGAAGUAGAAAACAGGACUAGCUCUUAAACAGGGGGAAGUAAAAAAGAUCUUCGAGCCUCAAAGCCAGGGAAAGUGACUGAAAACGAGUCCCCUUUAGUAGUUACCAACAGUGGUGUGCUCACUGACAAAGCUUCCCCUGACAGUGCUACCAGACUCAGAAAAUCUGUAGCUGCAACAUCCACUCUCCUACACACCAGUCUUCCCACAGCUGGCAAAUUAUCUGAAUUCCAGCACACCAAACAUGCAACUAAGCAGCGAUGGACCUGCAGCAAACCUAAAUCUAUCCUUUGGGAAAUCCCCAUGACAACAUCUGAGAAGCUGAUGGUGGAGGCUCCUUCAGCCUAUCCCAUCACACCAUCCAGCCCUCUGUAUAGCAAUACAGACAGUCUUACUGUGAUCACACCUGUCAAGAAAAAAAGAGGACGACCAAAGAAACAGCCUUUGCUCACUGUUGAAACCAUUCAUGAGGGAACCUCCACUAGCCCAGUGAGUCCAAUAAAUCAUGAAUUUCCAGGAACAAAGAAAAGGAAGAGGAGACAGAAUCUGGCCAAGUUAGCCCAGAUGGUCCCAGGAGAAGACAAGUCCAUCAGUGAACUCAAGUUUCAUGAAAAGGUUGGGAAGCUUGGGGUCUUGGAUAAGAAGACCAUCAAGACCAUCAAUAAAAUGAAGACUGUCAAGAGGAAGAAUAUUCUCAAUCAAAUCUUGUCUUCCUGCUCCAGCAGUAUAGCUCUGAAAGCAAAAGUCCAGACACCAUCUAGUGCUGGGCCAACCAUCAUUGAUGCCAGAAUAGGGAAGCAGAUCAAUGUCAGCAAGAGGGGGACUAUCUACAUUGGUAAAAAAUGGGGCAGAAAGCCAAGAGCAGAGCUGCAGCCUCAGCCAGAAGAACCUAAGACAUCCAUCAAGCACUCAAGACCUGUUUCCAGCCAGCCAGAAAACCCAUCAGUGCCUUCCAACCUGCAAUCACUUGUGGCAUCAUCACCAGCUAUUUAUCCACGUUCAACACAGUUAGUGGGGAAUAAUGGCAAUCUUAGCCCUGCAAGCACAAACUUUUCAGAGUUAAAAACUAUGCUAAAUCUUCAACCUAUCAGCACUCUUCCUACAAAAACACAGAAAGGAAUGCACAGUGGAAUUUGGAAGCUGUCUCCACCCAGGUUAAUGGCUAAUUCACCUUCCCACCUCUGUGAAAUAGGUUCUCUGAAAGAAGUCACACUGUCGCCAGUGAGCGAGUCUCACAGUGAAGAAACCAUACCGAGUGACAGUGGGAUAGGUACAGACAACAACAGCACUUCUGACCAAGCUGAGAAAAGCUCAGAAUCCCGCCAGAGAUAUUCCUUUUAUUUCAGCACCCUGGACAAUCCAGAG